AUGUAUGCUCCCUCAUCAGAGGUCAUUAUUGACUCUCAGCCAGCUACAACCAACAGAGUACCUGGUGUACCUAUUCCCAGCUCUAGUAACACUCAUCACAUGAAUACCAGAUCCAAAUCUAGUAUAGAAAUAGUUGCCUUAAAAAGGAAUGACACUUAUACCUUGGUUCCAUUACCUGAAAGGAGGACACCACUAGAGUGCAAGUGGGUGUACAAGAUCAAAGAAAACUCAAAUGGCUCAGUUAACAAGUUCAAAGCUCGAUUGGUAGCAAAAGAAUUCCACAAACAACCUAGUUUUAACUUCACAGAGACUUUCAGUCCUGUGAUAAAACCAGUUACCAUUAGAGUUGUCCUUACAUUGGCCCUUGCUCAAGAUUGGACACUAAGACAAUUAGAUGUGGAUAAUACAAUUCUCAAUGGAGAUUUACAAGAGGAAGUCUAUAUGAUCCAACCUCUUGGUUUUGAAGACAAAUUUGCACCACAUUUGACUAUGUAUGCCAAGGAUAUGUUAUGCAAGGCCAAAAUGCAGGGUGCCAAGUCCUCCUCUACAUCUACGACAAGUGGCCUCAAACUCUCUGUAUAUGGUAGUGACCCUGUUGAAUAUCCUCAGCUUUACAGGUCUGUGGUUGGUGCCCUCCAGUACAUCACUAUCACUAGACUAGAGAUAGCAUACAAUGUCAACAAGGCAUCUAACCCUAAUGACAAAAGAUCAACUUUUGGUUUUGUACUUUACCUAGGAGGCAAUCUUAGCAAUGCAAGAAAUAACACAUUGUAUCCAGGUCCAGCACUGAAGCAGAAUACAGAAGCCUAG